GUAUGUGUGUGUGUCUGUGUGUGUAUGUGUGUGCUCACAAACUUCUACGUUGCCUCUCGUGCGUGAGUGUGAGAGAGAGUGUGCGUGUGUGUUUGUGGGAGGGGUUCACAGAAGGAAAGUGCAGCAAAUCCUGUCAUUUUCUGGAGUAAUGGUAGUAGGUCAGAACGGUUGAGGACCCAGCGAGCGAGCCGGAAGGAGGAAGGAAAAGGAAAGGAAAGGAGAGAGCUGGGUCUGGGAAUGGGACGCGCUCCAGGAGAUCUCGUUUGCGCGCAGUUCCCCUUUCCUCGGUUCGUCCAGCCCGAGUGCUCCGCGGAGCCCCUCUCUACAAGUCCUGUUCCCAUGCCAGAGCACGCAGCUGUCUAUCUGUCUCUCUCUACUACUGCUGUUGUGAGGAAAUGUCGUCCGUGACGAAUGGCAUAUACUUUUCUCCUUUUGAAGUGUAAGCGCACAACCCUGGACGCGGGUGAACUUUUAAUGGACAGAUCGACAACGUUUCCGACCUGCGGGACAGAGAAUACACCUGACGGUUUGGUGAACGAAAUCACUGCAAACCGGGACGUUUAGGUUAUUAGGAAUGUGGAAAACAAGUCCGGGUCAACGGUGGUGAAUCAACCGUCAGUUCCCCCCGACUCCAACCAUGACCACUGGCCUGAACCUGACUUCCCUGCUGAACGUCACCGAGCUACACAACCAAAGCCGAGGAUGUUCCCUGACCAAGAGCUUCCAGUUCUACUACCUGCCCACCGUCUACAUCAUGGUGUUCCUGACGGGGCUGGUGGGCAACAGCCUGGCUAUCUGGAUGUUCGUGUGCCACAUGCGCCCCUGGAGUAGCAUCUCCGUGUACAUGUUCAACCUGGCGCUGGCCGACUUCUGCUACGUGCUCUCGCUGCCCUUCCUCAUCUUCUACUACUUCAACAAGACCGACUGGAUCUUCGGCGACGUCAUGUGCCGCCUGCAGCGCUUCAUCUUCCACGUCAACCUGUACGGCAGCAUCCUCUUUCUCACCUGCAUCAGCGUGCACCGCUACAGCGGCGUGGUGCACCCGCUCAAGUCCCUGGGCCGGCUCAAGAAAAAGAACGCUGUGAUCAACAGCGCCCUGGUGUGGGUGGUGGUGAUCGUGGGCAUCUCGCCCAUCCUGUACUACUCCCGGACGGGGCCGAAGCGCAACGCCACCACCUGCUACGAUACCACCACGGAAGACGAGCUGCCGGGCUACUUCAUCUACAGCAUGUGCAUGACUGUGUUCGGCUUCUGCAUCCCCUUCCUCAUCAUCCUCGGCUGCUACGGCAUGAUCGCCAAGGCGCUGAUCAGCAACGACAUGAACAACGCGCCGUUGCGCCGCAAGUCCAUCCACCUGGUGAUCAUCGUGCUGGCCGUGUUUGCCAUCUCCUACCUGCCCUUCCACGUCAUGAAGAACCUCAACAUGAGGGCCAGGCUGUACUUCCAGAGCCCCGAUAUGUGCGACUUUAACAACCGGGUGUACGCCACCUACCAGGUGACGCGCGGCCUGGCCAGCCUCAACAGCUGCGUGGACCCCAUCCUGUACUUCCUGGCCGGGGACACCUUCCGGAGGAAGCUGUCGCGCGCCACCAAGAAGAACUCCAGGAAGGGCGACGGCCAGCCACACUCCAAGAGCGAAGAGACGGCACUCAACAGCCUGGCGGAGCACGGGGAGAACGGGGACAGGAGGCUCUGACCUGGGCCAAGACAUAAGCCAGGACCUGGGCCCGGACAUAGGCUGGGACAUGGGCUCUGAAUUGGGGUCUGACCUGGGCCGGACAUGGGCCUGGACAUAGGCUAGGACCUGGGCUUGGAAAUGGGCCCGGACCUGGUCAAGGACAUAGGCUAGGACGUGGGCCUAGACUUUGGCCUGGACUUGGGCCCCUGACUUUGGCACUGACCUAGGCUUGGACCUAGGCCUGGACCUGGGGCCGGACUUUGGCCUGGACAUUGGCCCGUAAGAGGGCCAGGACCUGGGCUCUGAACUAGGCCCGGACCUGGGAGCUGACCUAGGCCGGGACCCAUGGGCCCUGAUCUGGAUCCAGUCCUGGGCCUGAACAUGGUCUUUUGGGGUGUGUGUGUUUGCAACAUAUUAGGUCUGCAUAUUUGUGGCCUCCCGAUAUGCACAGUACUGUUGUGUACGGUGCAGGCAACAGAUGUAGCUCUGUUGUGUGUGCGUGUGAACAGAUGAAUCUCACAUCCAGCUCUUGAUUUCUAUAGUUGCUAUCUAUGAUCUUUAAAAUGCACCUUGGGUUUUGUUAAAUAUUGUACGAUUUUAGCAGAAAAAAUGUAUGUCGUUUUUCCGAAGCAUCGAUGAUAAUGUUAGUGACGAUGUUUGAUUGACCCUUACUUGGGACAGCCUUUAGUUAUGUAUUUAUAAAUCUGUCCCCUUAAUACUUCUUAUCCUAACCAUACCAUACCAUUUCUAAUUCCCUUAUCCUCAAACAACCCCUAAAGACGUAUCCCAUUUUACCAUGACGAUUAUGCCGUCAUUACAUUAACCUUGACAAAAUCAUGAGCUUGAAGCAUUCCCAAAGUUUAAUCGUUGGAUAUUACUGCUAUUCAAAUACCUUUUGAGAAUAUCAGAAAAUUACCCAUUUUUCAUUCUGCUUCAAAUUUGACUUUCUAAGUGUGAUCAAGUUCCAUACUUAACAUACCUCAAACAGCGUUGCCAAGCAUCAGUGUUGCAGAUGUGCGGGGGA